GGAUUAUGAUUUAGGAUUGUGAUUUAUCCUUACCUUUCCUUAGAGCAGCCAUUAAGGUUGACAUUUGUGAAGCGUCUCAACAACAAUUGGAUGGAUUACUAUGAGAUUUUUUUUAACUGAUGAUUGUAACUUCAGAUUGUAUGGACCCAGUAGUCGAGGUGAAAUGCUGCCUCUAUCAGGUAUUACACGUUGCACCUUCAAAUGGCUAUACAAAGACCUUAGGCAUUGAUGUCUGUGACAAUAAUAGCAACUUCUAUUGUCAUCAUUAAUAGACUGUUGUUGCUGAAUGUUACAGGGAAUGUUGUUUGCGUGAGGAAAUAGCUGUCAGCCUCUCUUGAACAUGGUGUUUGGAGUCAACAGAAGAUGUUAGCUUGUGCUAAACAUCACCUACAUUGAUGUGAGCUAUACAUUAACAACAUCCAGUAACUGACUGCUAACACUUGCUAACAGUUUACUACGCUUACCAGACGCUGGUCUUUUCUGGGCAGUGUUUGCCUCUGUUUCUGUCUGGUUCCUCCCUGAGUGUGUUGUAAAGCAAACAUAGCCACCGGGUGAAUAAAUCAAAAACUGUGCUGCCCUUGUAGACAGAUCAGAGAGAGACCUCAGCAGCAGGGGAGGAGGGAGAGACAUAUUCACACCAAGUUUGAUUGAAACCAUCACCAGAGGUUGGCGUUCCCUCCAACCUGUACUCUUUGUACCACGCUGCUCUGCAGCUGAAGCAGAAGAAUGAGCUGGGAGUUUAUUUAAUGAACCUCACCGUGUCUGAUCUGUUAUACCUGGCAUCGUUACCACUGUGGCUUCAGUAUUUCUUUCAGGAUGAUGACUGGAGUCACAGGGAGUGGUUGUGUCAGCUCUGCGGCUUCCUGCUCUAUGAGAACAUCUACAUCAGCAUUGGUUUCCUGUGCUGUAUCAGCCUGGAUCGCUACCUGGCUGUGGUCCAUCCUUUAAGGUUCACCUCUCUCCGCUCUAUGAGUGCAGCGUGGCUUGUCAGUGUCGUCAUCUGGCUGAAAGAGAUCGCCAUCGGUGUGGUUUUCUUCCGCAAUAAAGAACUGAGCAAAGACCGCAAGAACCAAUCAGUGUGCUUCGAGCACUACCCCAUGCAGCCGUGGGAGUAUCCCAUCAACUAUUACCGCUUCAUUAUUGGCUUCAUGUUCCCGCUGGCUAUUCUAUCGAUCAGCUACCUGUGUGUUCUCCGUGCCGUGGGUCGGAGUGCUGGGACUCAGCCGGAUCAGAAGACGAGGAUCAGGCAGUUAGUCAGCAGCACCGUCCUCAUCUUCCUCGUCUGCUUCUCCCCCUACCACAUCUUCCUGUUAGUACGCACCCUGCUGGAGCGAGACUGCAACUUUAUUGCAGAAAUAUUUAACUACUACCACCUGUCAUUGUUGCUGACCACCCUGAACUGCGUGGCCGACCCUGCUCUCUACUGCUUCGUAAGCGAAAGUGCCCACCGCGGCCUGUACAGAGCCAUAGUCAGGCCUAUUGUUAGGAUACUAUGCUGCUGCUGUCGCCGUGGCAACGCCAACCCUGCCACUGAUUCCCAGGAGGUCGCCACCGACGACAACAACGGUCAUCCGACCGUGGUGCUGCUCACGCACACCAGCACACUCAACAACUUCAAAACAAACAUUCCCACCAAAACCACAAUUUUUAUCACACAGACUGAUGUAAAAACUAUCAUACCCUUAAUUGUACAGAAUAAUGGACACUCUGACAAACGUGUGGACAGUGAUGGAAAGCCCAGCUGUGUGACAGGCAUUGAAGAGCCAAGCCAAGAUACAGAGAGGACUCAAGAGACUGAACGCCAGCUAAAACAAUCCAGUGAGCAGUCAGGAACCAAGCUAGUAGAGGCAUCAGAGCAGUGGGAUUUAGACAAUAAGACUGCCCGUAAAUACUCAAUCUAGCAGUGGCCCUAAAGAGAGCCUGCUGCCCACUCAGCUGUGUUUACAUCAUCAUCACCAUCAUCCAAAGGCAUUGGACAGAAAACAUUUUCUUCUCUAUCUGGAGUGACUUUACUGAGUUGUAAUACAGCAGGAUUCGCCUACAAUGACGUCUUUGUUGCCUCUGUAAAUGCCCCUGUAGCCCACCUACUCAAUUCAAAUUUAGUUCAGGAUCUUGAGAUUAUACUCCUGUUGCAUGGGAGGUGAAUUGGAGAGGGUCUACGAAAAUAUAGAAUUUAGGAAUAUGCCUACAAUAUCAAUUUAAACGAAUAUACUGUCUAAUGUGCAGAGACGCCUGGUUAGCUUAAUACAGCUAUACUGUCCUAUGAGUUCAAACUCCCAUGCAUUCCUAUGUAGCCCUGACAUACAUUACUUCCACAAAUGGAUAUUUAACAGUCAACAUUUAUUUUAACAUCAACAUUGUGACCCACAGAAACAUACAAUAUAACACAAUAAUAAUACCAAGGAUGUGAUAGUCCGUGUGACAGUACGUUGGAGCUCAGUUGAAAUCCUGAAGGAACAGUUGUGGUGUAGCUACUCACUGUUCCUCGGUUACUCAGACUUGAUUUCUUAACCUUGCAAACAGGCUAGUGCUUUCAAAUCCUCUUCUGCUCCGUCAGUUGAAGUCACGAGCAGAAAACUACCAUGAAAAGCAGCACACUUAAUUCCUCUUCAAAGCCGCACCGUUACUCCACGAACAUCCGCGUUCAGCCCUUAGCACGACUGUCCUGUCCGCCUUCUCGUCUCCCCGAAAAGAAAACCUCACUACAGUUAGAGCUUCCUGUUAAACACUUCUAUACUAUCUUUUCAGUUCUCUACUAUGUAUUCACAUUGUCCAGUGUCCGUGUUUCUGACGUUAACAACAACCAUGUCAUUCCUCUCCGCUCUCUCUUUGUUUUCUUCGCGCGUCCCGGUCCUUAGUCCCGCUCCCUUGAGCACCCGGUAGGUUACCCCAGUCUCAUCAGAUUCUUCUGAUUUGCUGGCAACACAUUUGACACCUGACCAACCAAUACUAUAAGGACAGGAGAGGUUCAAAGGCAACUCGAACUGUUGGACACAUAAGUACUUUUCCAAACUAUGAACACAAAUGCAAAAGUACUGUUUUAUAGACAUUUAAAAAAAACAAAAACAUGUAAACAAAUUAGCAGGGCGCUACACCCAGUUUACAUUUCUCUGGUUUGUAGACAUGGGAGCAAAAUGGAGGUGCAGUUUGCAAAAUGGAGGUGCAGUUUGAGAUCAACAGAAGGUUAAUGAAUCCUUAACUUAUAGAUCAGUUAUAAGCAAUCAUUAACAACAAUGUUGCCAGCAGUAGCAUGGCCAUAAUUCAUGUUGUGGGUGGGCAUAUAGAAAAUAAGGGGGGGCUACCCCCAAGACGAAAAUAGAUAACUAUUACCAUCGCUCCACAGUCACUCUUAACUGCAUUACAGGCACCAGUUAUUUUAACUUAUGGCUAACUAGCUUCAUAGGCCCCACCACUGCUCUGAGCAGUACGUCACUGUACGCUGCGUGACAGAGGACAAUCGUGGAUGAGGUCUUGACAUUCAGAACAGAAUGACACUCAACACAACAGAAAACCAUUAAUAUAACUAUCAGUUACAAUUUAUAACAUAAGCUCUAUAAUGCGGAUUCUUAUCUCUACCAAGAAGCAAUCUAUAAUGUGUAAUUUACAUUUUGGACACAUUACAUUACUAUUGUACUGUUAGAAGUUGAAAUUAUUCUUAUAUUUGUAAUGAUGUGACCGCAGGCAGAAACCCUUUAAUAUUGAUAAAAAAUCGGUUAAUUUUGCAGCAUAAUCUGUAUACAAUUCUUCCUGCCAUAUAAUCCGUAAAAAUGACGUUGACAAUAAAUUGACCCUGUGGAUAAAGUAACAGCACAGAGCAUUCGGUAUCAGAGCAAACAUGAUAACAACCGAACUGGAAGUGGUGCUGAUGCCACACCACCACGGCAUAACACCACUGUGCAUGGUGGCCAAUUGUUUUGAUCAGAAAUAUAAGGUGUAAGGAAUACUAAUGCAGCUAUACAUUUCCUGUUAAUAUAUACAUGGAUUUCCUCAUGUUUGCCGUCUUGUCUGAUGAGAAAAAAAACGUCUUAGUUUCUAAUGAAACUCUGGGUAGGGGUUGAAUAUAUUUAAGUUGACCAUUAAUAUGACAGAAAUCUACCAACUACCAACCUUCUACAGUAUUAUGUUCAGCAUAAUGUAACAUCCAUGGUGGCAUUGAAUUAGAAAUCAUUGUCUUUAAAGCAGUACUGUGUAACCUUUGUAACUGUGUAACAGCCAAAAUGGUCAAUAAUUGACAAAUAAGGGAUAAUGGUGAAUCCUGGAACAUGCAAGUGUAACAACAGCACGUGUCGAGGAGAGUCGUCGAGUUAGCUAACUGACCCAGUAACGUCAGUCACAAAGCAAUUGCUACCUAAAGUUUACGGGCUAGCUAACAUUAGCAACCAUAUGCUCAUGAAUUUAACUUAUUUGUUACCGGAUGUUUAUUUAUUUAUUUUGUCAAAAGUUACACGGUCUUGCAUUAAAUAGUAAUCUCUAAAUCAUUUUGCUUGUUUUACAACUUUAACUUUUACCUUAACUUUGUAAUACCCAACAUUUGUUUUUAAAAGUGCUGCUAUUGAUUGUUGAAUAUUUUUGAAAAAAAUACCUGUCAUUUUAAGAGCUGAUACUAUGUGUAAGCAAAUGGCUUUGGGGGACUUUACAUUUCCACGUUGGUGUCAGUGAAUGCAGCAUGUGAGAGGCUUUAAAGCGGCCAGUCUGUGGUUUUUAACGUUAUGCAUCUGUGUUUAGAGAAAACAAUCUCUAAUGCAUGCUAUUUGCACCUCCACGCAUGCAAAUAGCUAUACAUGUUGCUAUUGUAAAACGUUAGUUUCUAUCAAAGUAUAGCAUUACUUUAAAUGUUAUAAAAAUAUAAAUUAUUGUCAAAAUGUCAACAAUAUGAAUUAACCAUGACUUUAUGGUGCAAUAUUUAAUUGUUACAGAGAUGUUUCAUUAUGGUGAAACUCAUUUGUUAUGGAACAUUAUGGUCAAAGAAUCUUGUCAUAAUUAAUGAUGAAAUUACAUAUUUCACAGUGACAAAUGAUAAAUAAUAUUUUCAUAAAUCUUUGAAACUGUAUACCAAAAAGGACAGCUUCCCUUUUUCUUUUUAAAUGGUGCGGCCCCUGUGUAGGCACAUGCAGCAGCCGUGAUGUGUGUGUGUGUGUGUGUGUGUGUUUGAGUGUGUGAGUUUGUGACACUGUGGUCUCUGUGUGGUUUCAGUCUGAUCUCAAUCUUCCCUUUCUGACGCUGGUAGUGUCUGACGAGUGCAGGGUGUGAUGCAGUUUUUGCGAAUAAAUAAAAAUCAUGUAUACGUAUUGUAAGAUCCAUAUGAGACUUGAUAAGAUGUCUUAAGUGACUUGUGUAACAAACAUGUGGAAAUGCUCCUUUAGUUGCAUUACUGACUACGUCACAGCCAACAGCCCUCAGUUGAGGUCAUUCAGUCUGCGGAGCAACAUAGUUUUUUGACCGUUGUGCUAACGUUGUGACAAGUUGAGCAAAGAAUGUAUCUUGUAACUUUAUUUUGUUGAGUAAACCUUUUUAAAUGAAGCUACUGCCUACGAAGAAUCAUUACGCAUCAAGCUUAUCGCCAAACCCAGACUGUAACAGUAGUGGUAAUGUGGACUAUCGGACGGAGGGAAGAUUGCCGCUACACGUAUAUUUUUGAUAACUGUCUGCAACACUUUUCGUUAUUAAUGUGUAGUAAUGCAGUUAUUGUUGGCGCUCUCAUCAACCUCCUUUCCCAGCUGCAAAGGUUCCAGCACCGACAGACAAUUAGAAACUAGCUGGUGUUAACUAGCAGUUUUCAGCUAGAGACCAAACCAGAGCUAAAAAGAGAUUGAACAUUGGAGUGACAUUCACCAGGUGAACACAAACACAACGCCACAUGAAUGUCUUCUGAGGCAAAUUUGUGAUUUUGGGCUAUACAAAUUAAAUUCAAUUGUCUGCUUGAUGUGUACAUAUCCAAAUGUUUGCUAAAUUCUUUAGCCAAAUCAAAACAAAAUGUUGAAAAUGUCAAUGUAGCAAUCAAUUAAUACAGAUUUUAAAAAGAAUAAAGGGGCAUGCUAAGGCAAAAGGCAUUCGCUUCCAUUUGAUCCUUCACAUUGUGAUUGGUAGCAAUAUACGGUAUACUAAUAAUUAGUAAUAAUUGGACUAUCAUUCAUUUCUGCUGUAAUCUGAUAAUCUAGGUUCAGCAAUCUCUUACCUGUGUCUGAGUAUCUUUUUCAAAACCAUUUUCAAUAUAUUUACUCUUUAGUGGACAGUUGACCCACAAACCCAAAAUACAUAUUUUCCUCCUACCUAUUUUUAAAUUGAGAUUGUUUUAGAGUGAGUCAGUUUUUGAGUCGGGAGAUAUCCUCAGUAGAAAUGUCUGCCUUCUUUCAAAUGUUUUGGACUAUAGCUAAAGCUAAAAAAAAUACAUCAAAAAAACUAAACAGCGUCAGCAGUGAUGAUUGUUUUUGACAUUUUAAUUACAUACUAGACUAUGCCUUUUUGACAUAAUAUAUCAUGGCAUUUUUAUGA